CAGUGAAACAAACUGGGCAGGGCAAUCGAAGUUGGGACAAUUUACGGAGGUUUCUGAUGCCGGAUAGUCGACGACAAUAAGGAUAUGUAUACAGCUAAUAUGUAUAGUAUUCUAUUGUUGUGUCAUUUAGCGUAGUAAGGAGCCUAUCCAUGUCAAAUAAUUUUCUACUUAUACGAGGAGUUUAAUGUAUUUCGCUAGAAAAUUGAAGCUUAACUGAAAACAAACUAACGUCCCUCCUGACUUGAACUGAGGAUGAUUUUUGCUAAUACUGGGAACCCACUAAGGACUCCGUAUCGCAAACAGCCAUCUGUUGCCUCAUCAUCACAUCCCAUGGCUCCACCCAGCCCAAGCAACAAUAGCAGCAGCAGUAGCACUACAGGUUGGGACCAGCUCAGCAAAACAAACCUCUACAUCCGAGGCCUGUCCCCUUUAACCACAGACCAUGACCUGGUCAAGCUCUGUCAGCCGUAUGGCAAAAUUGUGUCAACAAAGGCCAUCCUGGACAAGACUACAAACAAAUGCAAAGGGUAUGGCUUUGUGGACUUUGACAGCCCUGCUGCAGCUCAGAAAGCAGUGGCUGCCCUGAAGACCACUGGUGUCCAAGCUCAGAUGGCAAAGCAACAGGAACAAGACCCGACAAACUUGUACAUCUCCAAUUUGCCUAUGUCUAUGGAUGAGCAGGAACUGGAGAACAUGUUGAAGCACUUCGGCCAGGUCAUCUCCACACGCAUCUUGAGGGACUCCAACGGAGGCAGCAGAGGAGUGGGCUUUGCAAGGAUGGAGUCAACUGAAAAAUGUGAUGCAGUCAUUUCUCACUUCAAUGGAAAGUUUAUUAAGACACCUGCAGGUGUUCCAGCACCAUCUGAACCUUUGCUGUGCAAGUUUGCCGAUGGUGGACAGAAAAAGCGACAAAGUCAGAAUAAAUUUGCCCUGAAUGGUCGUGGUUGGGGAAGGGACAUUAACUCCAGACUGGCCGGAAUGACACUCACAUAUGACCCCAGUGCAGCUGCUAUGCAAAAUGGGUUUUUCCCACAAGCAUACAGUAUUUCAAACAGGAUGAUUGCGCAAACGUCCAUGUCUCCUUACAUGUCUCCAGUUUCAACAUACCAGGUGCAGAACCCAUCCUGGAUGACUCAUCAGCCCUACAUUAUGCAGCACCCAGGUACUGUGAUAUCGCCCUCUAUGGACCCAUCUAUGUCACUACAGCCUACUUCCAUGAUGGCCCCUCUUGCACAGCAGAUGAGUCACCUGUCUAUGGGAAAUGCAGGAACAUUUAUGGCCACAAACACAUCUAUGCAAGGAGCAUUUAUCCCACAGUAUGCCCACAUGCAGACAUCAAAUGUUCCUGUAGAGGAAAAGGGUCAAUUUUCCCAAGGGACCCCUUAAAAUCACCCCCAUUUUCCUACCAACAACCCCAAGUAUGCUGAGGAAACUUUUUGGCCUGCUAAAAAAAUCAUUUCUACAAAGCAACGGAGCUAAGGCUUUUACUUUUUUGCCGGGUUUUCGGCAAAUUCUGUGAGAUAUUUUUGGUAUCAUUGUCAUCAAAUGAUUUGAAUUAUAUAUAUAUAAAUUUAAAAAAAAAAGUUUUUAAAAAGUUUUAUUUUCAUACUAGAAAAUGUUUAUUUUUUACCAAGAAUUGCCGCAGGAUAAAAGGAAGACUAGUUAUUAAAGUGCAUGAUAGUAAUUAUGUCUUUUGUUAAUAUUUCCAGAUUUUUUUUUCUUCUGAAGACCUUUUUUUUCAGUCAGACAUUUUGAAAAAAUGUUUUUUGUGUUGCGUGUGGUGUUGCUAUGGUGAAGGUUUUUGUGUUGUUUUUUUUUUUUUAAAGUGAUUUUCUAGUUUCAAAUCUUGCUGUCUGAUUAAAAUUUGCCUUCAUAGUUUGAUACAGAGUUGACAAAACAAACCCCCCAAGAAAAAGAAUAAAAAAAAACAAGUUUUGACUUGCCUUGCUUUGCCAGUAGACUUUUUUAACAAAUCAAUGUUUUUUUGCUUUUUUCCCCUCCCAAAAAUAUGAAAUGAAGAAAAAGGUUUUUUUAAAACAAAAUCUCCACAUUGAUCAUUUUAUUGGAUACAUUUUUAGUAAGAAACCUACUGUUUUGGGUGUUUCCUUUUUAAACUUCCUUGUUGAUUAUUGUAGAAAGCGAAAUUGAACUUUACAGGGUGGGGAAAGAGAAGGGCAAAAGUAUUUUGGGUUGUUUGGGUGGGUUUUUUUUUUUUUUCUUUUCGGUGAGUUAAUUUUUUUGGGGGGUGUCUUUUUCACUUUUAUUUCAAAAAACUAACAGGAAACGACUUAUAUUUGCAAAAAAAAAAAAACACAAGCCCGUAAUAAAUUGGGGAAAGUUCACGAGUUGGGGGGUAAAAUUAGAUGGUUAUGUUUUUUGAACCCCUUUUUAAAAAAAACUAGGCACUUUUAAUUGUAUUUUUACUUUUUACAAAAUUUUUGAACUAGAACUGAGAAAACGUCGUCUUUUAACCGGACCACAACUCUGCGAACUAGAUCGCAGUUUGGACAGUGUGCCUUUUUUGUACAAUUACAUUCAGUUUUAUUAGGUAAUUGUACAGUACGGACACGGACAAGCAUGAAGGAAGGUCUGGAUCCAGCAAGUGCCCCCAUUUAAAUUUUAUACUUAAAAGUAAAGGAAAUUGAACAUUAUGUAAAAAAGAUUUAAAAAUCCAAAAUCUAAGGGGCAGUGCUUGACCUUUUUUUUAAAAAA